UUUGUUUACCUGACUUGAUAGUAAAAUCAAUCUAAUAUUAAUAUUAUUGUUGCUCAAUUCGGCGCAUUGAAAUGGUAUGCAGGGAUGUUUUAUCUGAAAAUGUGUGAGGAGUAAUUUUUUCAAAGAUAAUGUAAAGUUUUCCAUGUGUAAAUUUAGAUUUCCGCCAAAAUUAAUUUUGUUAGACACAGUUUAAAUUGUUAGUUUUUUUUAAAUUUCAUUCCACUUAUACUUCGUGUACGUGUUAACGAGUGCGGUAGAGUUGUCAGAUUUCUAAGAGAAAUUAAUCUAAUUUGACACUUCUCUUAAUGAGUUUUUACUAUAAAAUUAUAAAAUUACAAAUAAAAACUUUAUAGCUAAAAAUUGUUUUAAUGAAAAGAAAGGGACAUCUCCCUAAAAAUCUAGAUCCGCAUAUUUGAUCUAAAUAAAAAAUAAAUCAAUUUAUUUAUUUUUGAUAAAUUUACAGCAAAAAUAAAUGUAUUUAUUUUACCAAUGGAAGGAGCCGUUAAUGUUCAAUAAACGAAAUUGAUUUUUUUGUAGCGAAUGCAACAUGUUAAUUGACUUUCGUUUGCCGAUGGUAGCUGUCAUAUUUUUAAUAAAAUUUGUAUUUGGGUCAAAUACUUGCUUUUAAAUUAAUUUAAUGCUUAUUUGACGAAUGAUCUCUAAAGGUGAAUCUGAUUUGUCGCUUUUAGUUUUGGUUUGUUUUUGAUUUUAAAUAAAGUAUAUUGACUUACAAUUUUCGGCAUAUUGCGGUAGCGACCAUUAACAACUCAUUUUUCACUUUUUCGAAUGCAAUUUGAAGUUCAAAAACAGAUUUCUUUUUUUUACCACUGCUCAAAAAGGUGGGUAAUGUAGGUGCCAAUCAAUCUGUACUUUUUGUAAGGUGUUUUAUGAACUUAUCAAGUUUUUGAGAUACAUGUUUUUAUAAUUGGAAAAACCCGUAUUCUUACUUGUUGUAAGUCCUUCACUUCUAUAACCUUAAAACAAGUUGAAGAAUUUAUACUAAAAGGGUUCUUAACAGAAAACCUCAACACGGUAUAAAAGGAAUGUUUAAUCUUAUUAAAAAUACGAAGAUUAAAAAAUAUUGGUAUGUAUUAUCAACUUUUUGGAACAUAUUAAAAAAAAAUGAUAAAAACGUUUAUUUUGAGUAAUUCAAAAACAAAGGAAUUUCGUUCAAAGUUUUUCAAAUUACGAAAACUGGGUGAGAUACAAAAAUAUUUUAACUGUAUCUAAAAGUAUACUACAUUGAACAAUCGAAAAACAAUGAUUUAAACUGCACUCAACAAAUAAAACUUUAUAUUAUUUUACAUUAAAUAUUACUAUUUAAACCACAAGCAACAAUUUCGCUGGCAUUAAGUGGCGACUGGCGAUACUGAUAAAUCGGACAGCUUGGCCCACUUAAAACAAGAUACUCGUAAAGCUGCUAAAGCUCAUUUAGACGACAUUCCACCUACAACAAGAUGUCUAGCUGGAUAGAAUAUACGGAUCCAACAUGGCGCAAUUUACAAAUGCGACUGCUUAAAGUAGACGAAGCAUAUUUUUCAAUAAACUCAUCGUCAACUAUCGAAAGAAACUUUAUCUACACACUCUCUAGUGAAUGUUAUGAGUGUCCGUAUACGAAAGUGAAAGUGAUUUCACCGAAUCAAACAAAUGAGAUAUUUAAACUGAACGUGGCUCACCCUCUGAGCUUUAAGAUAUUUGAUAAUGAUGUUGGAAAAUAUGCUCCAAAUAAUGCUUCUGCGAUGUGCAAUUUACAAAACCUGGACUUUAAUGAAUUCGGGGUUUACAACUUUUCUAUUUAUCCUAAUAAUUCUUGUGUGGUGCUAACUGACAAGGCCGGUGUCAACGUAAACAAGUCACUGUUUUUGGUUAUAUUAUUAGCCAUUAUAUUGGCAAUAAUAUACAAAUUAUCUAAUUAUAUUACGAGAAGAUAUCAAUCUUCAACCGUUUCUGAUGAUGUAGUUAAUAAUGCAGACGAAGCGGUUGUUGAAAAACCUGUUCAAAAGAAAAGGAUGAGAAGUUUAGAUGCGUUUCGAGGAUUGGUGAUGGUUCUGAUGAUAUUCGUCAACAGUGGAGGGGGUGGCUAUUGGUGGAUAGAACAUGCACCAUGGAAUGGAUUACAUUUGGCAGAUAUCGUUUUUCCAUGUUUUUUAUGGAUAAUGGGCGUUUGUAUACCUUUUUCUAUUAAAUCUCAACUAUCUCGAGGAACAACUAAAUUAUCAAUAUGUAAAAAAAUAAUUUGGAGAUCGGUAAAGAUGUUUCUAAUUGGUGUAUGCCUUAAUUCCAUAAAUGGGCCUCAAUUGGAGGACUUAAGAAUUAUGGGUGUUCUGCAAAGGUUUGGAAUAGCGUUUCUAGUAGUCGGAAUUCUUCACACAAUAUUUUUUAAAACAGAAAAUGUAAUGCCUCAAUCUGGAUUAAAACGCUCAAUAUUUGAUUUAAUAUUGCUGAAAGAACAACUUAUUUCUGCGGUAGUAUUGAUAGUAAUUAGUUUAGGAAUAACUUUUGGCAUAAACGCUCCAGGUUGCCCGAGAGGAUAUCUUGGGCCGGGCGGUAAAUACAUGAACGCUUCAAAUCCAAAUUGUAUUGGAGGAAUAGUUGGUUUUAUUGAUUUAAAAAUUCUUGGAGAAUCUCAUAUUUAUCAGCAUCCAACAGCAAAGUAUUUAUACGAUUCUAAAGCAUUCGAUCCUGAGGGGGUUUUUGGUUGCCUUUUAACUAUAGUUCAGGUAUUUUUUGGCGUCAUAUGUGGUACAAUUUUAACAACACAUGUUCAUUGGAUUGCAAGAAUUAAACGCUGGCUGGUUUGGAGUAUCUUGCUGGGUCUCUUAGGAGGAAUUCUGUGCUUGUUUUCAAAAGAAAAUGGAUUGAUACCCAUUAACAAAAACUUAUGGUCCUUAUCCUUCGUCCUGGUUACUUCCUCGCUUGCAUUUUUGCUGUUAGUAAUACUUUACUACACAAUCGAUGUACGAGAAAUUUGGUCUGGCUUUCCAUUCGCCGAGUGUGGGAUGAAUGCAAUUGUUUUGUACGUAGGACACACUGUGUUUCACAAAAUGCUACCGUGGCACUGGACAGUCGGCCCAAUGAAUACACACUUCAUGCUGCUUUUGAAAUGUAUAUGGAACACCGUGCUUUGGGUUGGAAUUGCACUUUAUUUAAAUGGAAUUAAAUAUUACUACACUCUCUAAGGCCGUUGUAAUUCAAAAAAUGUCGAAAGUAAAAUAGUCAAUCUAAAAAAGAAACAUGUGAAACAUAAUUUUGUAUAUAAAAUAAGUUUUUUUUUUAUUUUAAUUAAAUAUCUUCUAUGUCUAAUUAAAUAUGCUAACGCAUAAUAGUUGCGUUAAUAUUUAAUUUCAAAAAAGUGUACAUAUUAAGAAGUAAUGUAUAGAGUUUAGAAUCUUAGUUUGGCAUGUUUAGGAGAUUUCUUAUAUACGAAUAAUAUGAGAUAUUUUUUUGUUUUUUAAUUGCCAUGGAAAUGUAGAUUUAAAUCUAUUUUGUAAAAAAAUAUGUUAAUAUGUUAUUUUGUUGUGCGUUUAGUUUUUUUUCUUAUGAUAUUGUACAUUCACAACACAUAAGAGUGUAAUACAAGCAUUUGACAAUCUUUUCGUCUUCUUCUUCA